AUAAUUUCUCUAGUUUUUGAUUCUUGCCCAUGUAUUUCCGUAAAUCCCUUGAAACUUUCUAAAAGAGAAAAAAAGAUCAAAUUCAGACCAUGGUUUUCUCAUCUGUUACACCCUUUCUAGAUCACCACAAUUGGCAUCAACAGUUGCAACAAUCAAACCAUCAACAAGGAAGUGGUGGUGGAGGUGAAAACCCUAAUUUUCAGCCACCACUGGCGCCUCCACAACAUGGAGGUGGUGGUGGUGGUGGUGAAGGAUCAAUUCGACCAGGAUCUAUGGUGGAUCGAGCCAGAUUAGCCAAGCUACCCAUGCCUGAGCCAGGAUUAAACUGCCCUCGUUGUGAUUCCACCAACACCAAAUUUUGCUACUUCAACAACUACAGCCUCACACAGCCUCGGCACUUUUGCAAGACGUGCAGGCGCUAUUGGACACGAGGUGGUGCUCUAAGGAAUGUUCCUGUUGGAGGAGGUUGUAGGAGGAACAAAAGAAGUAACAAAAGCAGCAGAAACUCGAAAUCCCCAAGCCAAAAAGGAGCUAAAUCCAUAAGUGGGAGUCCAUCAAGAUGUAGCACGGAAAACAUAGCAACAAGUGCUCAACUUUCACAUCCACCCUCUCUUCAAUUGCCCUUCAUGAACUCAUAUGGAGGCGUUGCUGGCAAUAUUACAUCAAAUCUUGGUGGAUUUCAUACUCAAAAUGAAAUGGGUAACUUCCAACUAGGAACUGGUAGCUCAAAUGCAAAUAAUUUCAGUAACAUUUUAUCAAUUGGAAGUGGUGAGAGUUGGAGAUUGCCAUUCUUGGCUGGAAUCGAGAUACCUAAUAGUAGCAACUUAUUUCACUAUCAAAAUGAAGGAGCAGUUGAAGCACCAUCUUCAAUGACCGAGAACUCUCAGGCAGACCCUCCGGUGAAAGUUGAAGCAAACCGAGGUCUGAAUUUAUCAAGACAAAUUCUUGGGGUUUCUGAGCACACUAAUCAACAACCAUGGCCAGUGGGAAAUACAUGGGCUGACUUUUCUGGCGUCAAUACUUCUUCAACUCCAACAACACAUUUCAUAUAAUCUCACUCUUUGGGGAACUUCUUUGAUCUACUGAUGACUUUGAAGUACUCAAUUGAGUUAACUUGGACUCUCCAAACCCUAGAUAACCACCAAGAUGUGAUGAUCUUGCUCAAGAUUGAUUAGUUAUGGUUUCAUGUCUCAUGAAUGCUUGAUUGCUGAAGAAUCGAAGAGAAACAAUGGUAGGUUUGUGGUAAUCAAUUUGAAUGUGUUGAUUAGUAGUAUAUCGUGCUUGUAAUUCUACUAAUAUGUUUUGCGAGUUCAUUUACUUGUACUUAAUGUAGAAUUAAUGUUUUUAUUAAUUUGUGUGCAAGCAUGUGUGCUGUUUCUUUAUUGUGUUAUGUACUCAUAUAUAAUUAAUGAUGAUUAGCUGUUAAUCUAA